AUGCCGUCUGCUGUGUCAGAGUUGUACCAAUACACCCACGUCCCAGAGACGGAGGAGAACCUCGAUUGGGCUGACCUUCCCACCAUUGACCUUGCCAAGUACGGAACACCAGAGGGCAAUAAAGAGCUUUCCCAAACCUUGAUCGAAGCUAUUCGUACAAAGGGCUUCUUCUACGUGAUCAACUAUGGCAUCCCGCAAGAGGCAGUUGAUACACAAUUUGCUCUGGGUCAGCAGUUUUAUGAGCUGCCAUUGGAUGAGAAAUUGAAGUAUGAGCCGAACUUGGACUCCGGAGACUAUAAUGGGUACCGUCCCGCUGGCAGGCGAUUUUUGAGUGGCGGACUCAAGGACAAGACGGAAGUUUGGAACAUGGCCACUCGCGCUGGACACAUUACUCAACCUCUGCCCAAGCUAUUGGAAGAUCGCAAAGAAGAGAUUGAAGGAUUUGCCAAGAACCUACACGACAAGGUGCUGGACCCUCUCAACCACCUCAUCGCUCUGGCUUUGGAGCUUCCAGAGGACUUUUUCACCAGCGUACACAAGUGGGAGACACACGACGAGUCACACCUGCGUUAUAUGAAGUAUUCCAAGUUCACCCCGGAAGAGAUCGAAAAGCUCGACGACGGCUUGUGGUCUCGCGGCCACACUGACCUGGGGACGAUUACCCUGCUAUUCCGUCAACCUGUGGCUGCGCUGCAAAUCAGAGAUCAUGAGACCGGUGACUGGAAAUGGGCCAAGCCGCUUGAUGGCAGUCUGACCGUCAACACUUGUGAUGCCCUCAGCUUCCUGACUGGAGGUUAUGUCAAGUCCACCGUUCACCGAGUAUCCGUACCGCCCAAGGACCAGCGCCACGUCGAUCGCCUGGGCUUGCUGUACUUUGCCCGCCCUCAAAACGACCUUGUACUCAAGACCAUUGACUCGCCGGUACUGAAGCGUGAGGGCUUCACGCAAAAUGAGUUUGAAGCUGGUGGCCAUCCGGUGCCGACUAUGGGAGAGUUCACCACCCUGAAGCAGACUUGGCAGCAAAGAAAGGGUGUCAGCUAUCAGAACUCAGAAGGACAGGAGAUCCUCCCGGGAUUCAAGGGACUGUACUUCAAGUGA